AUUAGGUGACAGUCCCCUACCCAGCCCGGAACUAACACCUCCCCUUACUCCCUCUCCCAACCUCAACGCUCAGAAUAACCCCGAGGACCGGACGGCGGGAUGGCGGGGGCUCUGCUGGGUGCCCUGCUCCUCCUGGAGCUCCUCGGUGGAGGUGACGGCAAGAACGAAGAGCUACGUCUCUACCACCAUCUUUUCGACAACUAUGACCCAGAACGCCGGCCGGUGAAGGAGCCUGGAGACACUGUCACCGUCACCCUCAAGGUCACCCUGACCAACCUGAUCUCACUAAACGAGAAAGAGGAGACCCUCACCACCAGCGUCUGGAUUGGAAUCGACUGGCAGGAUUACAGACUCAACUUCAGUAAGGACGACUUCGGGGGCAUAGAAACCUUGCGGGUCCCUUCGGAGCUCGUGUGGCUGCCUGAGAUCGUGCUGGAAAACAACAUCGACGGCCAGUUCGGCGUGGCCUACGACGCCAACGUGCUGGUCUACGAGGGCGGCUACCUGAGCUGGCUGCCCCCGGCCAUCUACCGCAGCAGCUGCGCCGUGGAGGUCACCUACUUCCCCUUCGACUGGCAGAACUGCUCGCUCGUCUUCCGCUCGCAGACGUACAACGCCCGAGAGGUGGAGUUCGUCUUCGCCGUGGACGAGGAGGGCGAGACCAUCAGCAACAUCGACAUCGACACCGAGGCGUACACCGAGAAUGGCGAGUGGGCCAUCGAUUUCUGCCCCGGACUGAUCCAUCACCACGGGGGCUCCGCGGACGACCCGGGGGGCAUUGACGUCGUCUACACGCUCAUCAUCCGCCGGAAGCCACUCUUCUACACAAUCAACAUCAUCGUGCCCUGCGUGCUCAUCUCGGGCCUGGUGCUGCUCGCCUAC